AUUGCUGACGUUUGUGGCGAUUUUUAGUUUGUUAUUGAUUGAAAAAACAAACAAUUAAUUUGGAAAAAAAGCAUUGCAUUAUACCAGACGAAUAAAGAACACGUCUUAAACAAAAAUGUCUGUGCCGCCCCAAGCAUUUGUCAAUAAGAAUAAGAAGCAUUUCCUUGGAAUCCCAGCACCACUAGGUUAUGUAGCUGGUGUUGGAAGAGGAGCAACUGGAUUUACAACUCGUUCUGAUAUUGGUCCAGCGAGAGAUGCAAAUGAUGUGUCUGAUGAUCGGCAUGCACCACCCGCAGCUAAGCGUAAGAAAACUGAAGAGGAAGAUGAUGAUGAAGAUUUGAACGACUCCAAUUAUGAUGAGUUCUCAGGUUACAGUGGCUCAUUGUUCUCAAAGGACCCUUACGACAAAGAUGAUGCUGAAGCAGAUGCUAUUUACGAGUCAAUUGAUAAGAGAAUGGAUGAAAAGAGGAAAGAAUAUAGAGAAAAACGGCUAAAAGAAGAUUUGGAGAGAUAUCGUCAGGAGAGGCCAAAAAUACAACAGCAGUUCUCUGACCUAAAGCGUGAAUUAAAAAUGGUCUCAGAAGACGAAUGGGCAGCCAUACCAGAAGUCGGUGACGCGCGAAACAGAAAGCAGCGUAACCCUAGAGCAGAGAAAUUCACUCCUUUGCCAGACAGUGUGUUGUCGAGGAACCUUGGUGGAGAAUCCUCAUCUACUCUUGACCCUAGUUCCGGCUUAGCAUCUAUGAUGCCUGGUGUAAUGACUCCUGGAAUGCUGACCCCAUCAGGUGAUUUGGAUUUAAGGAAAAUUGGUCAAGCCAGAAACACGCUUAUGACUGUCAAACUGUCCCAAGUAUCAGAUUCAGUUACAGGUCAAACCGUAGUUGAUCCCAAAGGGUAUCUCACGGAUUUGCAAUCUAUGAUCCCUACUUAUGGUGGUGAUAUUAAUGACAUAAAGAAAGCGAGACUGCUUCUGAAGUCAGUGAGAGAAACUAAUCCUAACCACCCUCCGGCUUGGAUUGCUAGUGCCAGAUUAGAAGAAGUUACUGGUAAAAUCCAAUCAGCGCGUAACCUGAUCAUGAAAGGUUGCGAGGUGAACCCGAGCAGUGAAGAGCUGUGGUUAGAGGCGGCUCGGUUGCAACCACCCGAUACAGCACGCGCCGUUAUAGCGCACGCCGCCAGAAACCUGCCGCACAGCGUAAGAGUAUGGGUUAAGGCUGCUGAUCUAGAACAAGAAACCAAGGCCAAACGCCGAGUAUACCGGAAGGCAUUGGAACAUAUACCGAACUCCGUGCGACUCUGGAAAGCUGCUGUCGAACUAGAAAACCCUGAAGACGCUCGCAUAUUGCUCUCUAGAGCGGUCGAAUGUUGUCCCACGAGCGUAGAAUUAUGGCUGGCCCUCGCCCGAUUGGAAUCAUACGAAAAUGCUAGGAAAGUACUCAACAAGGCCCGUGAGAAUAUACCAACAGAUAGGCAAAUUUGGGUUACUGCUGCUAAACUCGAAGAAGCACAGGGUAACACUCACAUGGUAGAAAAGAUCAUAGACCGUGCGAUCACGUCUCUCAGCGCCAACGGUGUAGAAAUCAAUCGAGAGCAUUGGUUCAAAGAGGCUAUGGAGGCUGAGAAAUCUGGGGCAGUGCACACCUGUCAGGCUAUCAUUCGAGCUGUAAUAAGUACGGGCAUUGAAACAGAAGACCAAAAGCACACGUGGAUGGAAGACGCUGAAGCAUGCGCAAACGAAGGCGCGUACGAAUGCGCACGAGCGGUGUACGGUUACGCGCUGUCCGUAUUUCCCUCCAAGAAGUCCAUAUGGCUAAGAGCUGCCUACUUGGAGAAACAACACGGGACAAGAGCUAGUCUCGAAGCUCUGCUGCAGAGGGCCGUGGCGCAUUGUCCCAAGAGCGAGGUGCUUUGGCUUAUGGGCGCUAAGUCCAAGUGGUUGGCAGGUGACGUGCCAGCCGCGAGAGGGAUCCUAUCGCUUGCUUUCCAGGCGAAUCCUAACUCAGAAGAGAUCUGGUUGGCCGCUGUUAAACUCGAGAGUGAGAACAAAGAAUAUGACAGAGCGAGGAGACUCUUGGCAAAAGCCCGAGCUUCGGCCCCUACACCGCGUGUAAUGAUAAAAUCAGCUAAGCUGGAAUGGGCGCUUAACAAUUGCGACGUAGCGCUCAAGUUGUUAGACGAAGCUAUCAAAGUGUUCGCAGAUUACGCAAAACUAUACAUGAUGAAAGGAGAAAUUGAAGAACAAAUGGGCAGAGACAGUGAGGCGCAUAACACUUAUUCCCAGGGCCUGAAGAAAUGCGCAACUUGUGUACCGAUGUGGAUUUUACUGUCUAGAUUAGAAGAAAAGUUGAAGCAUGUGACAAAAGCGAGAUCAGUUCUGGAAAAGGCAAGACUUAGAAAUCCUAAAAACCCUGAGCUAUGGUUAGAAAGCGUGAGGCUAGAAAGGCGCGCGGGUUGUGUGGAAGUAGCUGGUGGUUUAUUGGCAAAGGCGUUACAAGAGUGUCCUACGGCCGGUCGCCUAUGGGCCGAAGCCAUCUUUAUGGAGGCGCGCCCGCAAAGAAAAACUAAAAGCGUGGACGCACUGAAGAAAUGCGAACACGACGCCAAUGUACUGCUGGCCGUGUCCCAAUUGUUCUGGUCUGAGCGAAAACUUAACAAAUGCCGCGAGUGGUUCAACAGAACGGUGAAAAUAGACCCGGAUCUAGGUGACGCUUGGGCGUAUUUCUACAAAUUCGAACUCCUCCACGGCAACGAACAACAGCAAGAGGAGGUGAAGAGUCGAUGUAAGGCCGCCGAGCCGCACCACGGAGAAAACUGGUGCAAAGUGUCCAAAGAGAUCGCCAACUGGUGUUUUAGCACUGAGCAAAUACUGUUGUUGGUUGCGAAAAACCUCUCCGUACCCACGUAAUGGUGACGAACCGUAAUAUAUUGAGAUUACGUAUUUAAAAUUCAACACAAUUGGGAUACAUAAUAUAUACAUUUUUAUGUAAAUGUCCCAAACUCAUCUACGGUAAAGACAUUUGAAAAUGCUGUCAAUAAUAGCGUUUACUAAAAAUGAUGGAUAGACUCUAUCUAGAAUAUCUUAACAUCACAUUGUGUGUAGUUUGUCAACUUUUUAUAAAAAAUUUAUUGUUACAGACGUGUCAGUGUUAUACAUUAUAACUGAUAAAUGUUAGAAUUUAUGCAGACUGCAGCCUUUUACGUAUAGCUUAAACCAUUAUUAUUUUAAUAUGUUUGACGUUUCGUUUCAGAAUUAUAAUUCUUUUUUUUAGGAUGUCAACAAGUCCGGUCAAAUAAUUCGUCAUUUUUAAAUAAUACUGUGUUCAGCUAUUAUGUAAACACCGUACAAAGUACCCCCCGUAACUAAUUUCUGAAGUGGUGAAAUUCAGAAUGACAAGUCGGAAGUUUCUGUUAAAAGAAGCCGAGUCAAAUAGCUUGGCUUACCUUUCAAAUUCAAAGGUUGCCUGUAAGAGAUUUCUUGCAGCAAUAAGGCCGUCUUUGCGUGCCUACAAUGCCCUUUACUGUAAAAUUCUAACUGUCUCUUUCCUUUAUGUAUUAUAAUUUAAAAAUGUAUAGGUACUAAGUAGAGCUGAAAGUUGUGCUUUAUACAUCGUUUGUUUAGUGGUUACCAAGCUUGUCUGCGGAUUAUGAGCUCCUAGUUUGGUUUCCCGCGUCAGUUCGUGAAAAUGCUCA